AUGGUUGAACCUUCACAACUACCACUGCUCCUCUCCUUACCGCCAAAGGUUCUACAAAACAUUUUAAAGUUUUUGCCACAACAAUCACUAAUCAACCUUGCUACCACAAAUUUUGAAUUUUAUCACCCUUGCCUUGCCCAAUUAUACUCAAAGAUUGUAAUAUCACAGUAUGCUCCAUUACGUUUGAAAGAAACAAAAUCUGACCAUCGACGAGAAGUUGACUUUCAGGACAGUUCACGUCUGGUGAUUUAUGGAUUUGACAAUAGUCUUAAAGAGGAUUUGAAUAUGAAGAUGAUACACGCAAGAGUACUUGUAUUGAUUCAAGCGCUUCAGGUUAAUGCCGAACUUUUCGGGUAUGUGAAGGAAGUGCAUGUUGUGGGAGAUGACUUCAGCGAUGAUGUGAUUUCAUCGGUGCAGAGUUUAGCAAAGCAAUUUAAAAAGUUGGAUGUUUUCUACAUCGACAAUAAGGAGAUAAGAUCUAAGGUAGAUCUAUCACACUUGAAACUCAAAACAGUUGUUGCAGAUGAUCUCGAUACUCUAGAGGAUGAUGUUGAGCAUUUACUCGUCGGAAAUAACCAAAAAAUUGACAAUUUGUCAAGCAUGGCACACAAUUUAACUGAAUUGAUAUUACCACUUGAGUGGGAAAAAUAUUGGAAAUGGAUCAGAAGCAAUGUAUUUCCCAACAAGGUGUAUUUUCCGAAACUAGAAAAGUUUCGACUUGUUUUUCACCCAUCUUCAUUGGAGGAUACCAUCAGCCUUAUACACUUAAUCCAAUGGAACAAUAUAAAAGCCUUGGAGGUUGUUUCACCUUUCCCAAACGUUGACAAAGUUGGGGACUACAUUUUUGAUUGUUUCGAUGCAGUACCUCUGCAAUUACCCAAGUUGAGGAAACUUUCAGUUCUUCAAGGCUCGAUGUUUCCAACCCAUGAAAUCAACGAGUCGUACGACUUGACAAUGUUCAACUUCAUAAAUUCUUACAUUGAAACUUUAUCUUACCUUUCUGUCAAGCAUAGCGUGCCACAGUUGGGAAAUUUUCCUGAUGGUUUUGAAGGAAAUUAUCAUCGUCGUUAUGAGUUAUACACCACCAUUUUGCCAAAACUCAUCACGAAAUCAAGCAAGUCAACAUCACAUUUUAUUCUCGAUCUACCCAAUUUGCUCCAUACAUUCACUUGUUAUGAGCAAUACAUGAACACUGUGAUUUGGAAUGGGUGCAAAUGUAAAUAUUGCGAGAUUUACUUGGACAAGUUGGACCAUUUCAUUUUCCAACACAAGUAUUUCGAUGAAGAUAGUCACCGGUACAAAGAUAUGAAUGCUUCACAUCUACUUGCUGCAAUUGCAUCCAAUUUAAACAAACGAUUCAUUGCAUCGUCUUCAUUGUUGACCCAAAUUGACCAACUUUCAUUCCCAAUCUGGAAGAGCAUAUGGGAUUUCCAUCAAAUUGAAAACUCAAAGAACUUCAAAUGUCUUGACAAGCUUACCAUCGAUCAAGGCGAGUAUGAUGAGGGAGAUCAGCCAGAUGAUAACGAUGUGGCAAUAUGCGAACAAAACAAGAAUUUAUUCGCUCGUAUACCAAAAGCAAUUAGUCACUACACGAACGAUAUCAUUCAAGAGAUUUUGAACUUACAUCGUGGUAAUGCAGAAGCUAGGUUUGAUGAACAAGAUUUACAUUUCUUGAAAGAUGGUGGUGACUACGAUGAUUUCCACCAUAAAAGUGAUUUGAAAAAGGUUCUCAUUAAUGGGUUUGUUUACAACAUUGAUAAUGAGUUGAAUGGAACUCAUUUUUACGAAAAUGUAUACGAUGAAUGA